CCUCCUGCAUGCAAAGCAGAUGCUCUACCACCUCCCUUCCUUACAGGCACAUGGGAAAUUAUUUCUGAAUCCUUGCUAGUGAACUAUUGCAGAAUGGUUUACUUAUUUACCAUUCUGCCACAACCGGGAGUGCUCCUGAGUGCAAUUCCAUUUUUGAGCCUGAUGCAAAAAACAAGUAUUUCAGUCAGCAGGGAAGAAGCGUCUGCUUGCAAGGACAAGCUUCCGGGAUCUCAGUGGAAUGACGUGUUAGGAACAGGCUUCCCCUUAUCUUUCUGGUGCAGGCAGUGGAUUUAUCAGGAUUGCUCAGCCAUGCACUUACUACUUCUCACACAGCUGGCCAGCAUUCAGCUCUGGUUCUCAUUCUGCAGAGGAGUGAUCUGAGAGUGGGUGGAAUAUGAUUUUCCUCCGGCUCAUCCUUCUCCUUGCCUUCUUCCCUCUCGUCACUCCAACCUGCCCUGAACCCUGCCUGUGUGCGUCCACUCUCAUUGACUGCACGGCAAAAGAUCUUAUGGACAACAACCUCCCCACCUCCUUCCCUCCCUCGACCACCAAGCUCUACCUCAACUCUAAUAAUCUCACCUCCAUCCCCAACGGGCUCUUUGACAACCUGAAAGACCUCCAGGUGGUACACCUGUGGGCAAACCCCUGGGAAUGUGACUGUCAUAUCCUCUACCUGCGCUCCUGGCUCCAGUGGCAGCAGAACCGGAGCUUUUACAGGAACGUCCUAUGCUUAUCCCCCUCCCAUCUUCAAGGCAGGAUCAUCAGCUAUUUGUCGGAGGAUGAGAUCCUUUCCACCUGUCAGUAUUGGUACUGUGGUGUGGCACUCAUCUCUCAGAUGUGCCUUUUCAUCUUCCUCCUCGUGCAAGCAGUUCUGCUUCUCCUGGUCAUCGUCUACCUGCGUAGAAUUCGAAGGAUAGUCAAGGAAGCCAGGCGAACGGUCACCGAGUUUGACGAACGAGGAGAUACGUGGUCGAUUCGUUCCCGAAAGGGUGCAGACUGAUCAAUGGGUUGGAUGUGUGGGAGAAGAGUUGGGGGGGGGAUCUCAGCAGAAGCAUAGCUGCCAAGUCUCCCGUAUUCCCCGGGAACCCCCCGUUUCUCCAGCUGUUCCCAGCUGAAAAAAUGGAUUUUUUUGUUUCCCCCCGGUUUAUUCUGGC